AUGAAGCUGACAGAGAUCAACUCCGGUGCUAAUGGCGAAAAUGACGAGGAUUUCGAAGACAUCGACGGGCUUGUAAACCCUCUGCAGACGAUUCCUCCGUGGCUCGAGGAUACACAACCUUUCAUCCGUGACGAUUUAAUUACGUCUAGUUCGAUUGCGGAAGAGAAAGUCAGAGACGACUGCGUUGCUCUACUUCUAGGAGAAGCACAUCUUGACCUGCCGCUCAACAGCCAUGGUUUACUUCAACUCCGUCGCCUGGAUCACAUCAGGUUCCUUCACAGUAAUCUUGGCAGACUACCGGCACCUUAUGUUGCGCUGGACGCCAGUCGACCGUGGAUGUUUUAUUGGGUCCUUGCUGGAUUGUCUUUUCUCGGAGAGGAGAUAGAGACGAAAUAUAAACAACGAUUGAUCGAAAGCCUCCAGCCACUACAAAACAAAGUUGGUGGAUUUGGUAGCGGCCAUGGUCAGCUCAGUCAUAUCGCUAGCACGUAUGCUAGUCUUCUUGCCCUCGCUUGUGUGGACGGCCUAGAUAUGGUCGACAGGAAAUCCAUGUGGCAUUUUCUUGGUAGCAUCAAGCAUUCCAAUGGCGGGUUUUCCAUGGCGGUCGGCGCCGAACAGGACGUUCGAGGUGCUUACUGUGCCAUGACAGCGAUCGUACUACUCAACCUUCCUCUCGAACUACCUCCCGACGCUCCUGCACGUGCAAAAGGCCUGCAGACUUUCACCGAUGGACUGGGCGAGUGGGUUGGACGUUGUCAGACCUACGAAGGAGGCAUAGCUGGAGCGCCUACCAAUGAGGCUCAUGGCGCAUAUGCUAUACCGAAAUAUCUUGAUGUGCCUGCGCUGAUCUCAUGGCUAGCGGGGUCUCAGACAAGUCCAGAGGGGGGGUUUCAGGGUCGGACGAACAAACUCGUGGAUGCGUGCUACAGCCACUGGAGUGGCUCUUGCUGGGCACUCCUGCACGCCGCACUCGGCGGUUCUCGGUUGCUUGAUAUCUGGAACCGAGAAGCGCAAAUUCGAUAUCUCCUCUGCUGCUGUCAAGAGACCGGCAAACGUGGUGGCAUGAGAGAUAAACCUUCUGCUCGCGCGGACGCAUAUCACACUUGCUAUUCCCUCUCUGGGUUGAGCGCUGCUCAACAUCACUACACAUACGACCGAGACGGUCCAACAGUCGAUACUUCGACGGGCAGAUUGACGGCAGCUUUCAAUUGGCGUGCGAAUAAUGCUACUGCCGAAGAGAAGCAGGCUUGGGGAUACGACCAGGGAGAUGUAGUCAAUUUUGUGCACCCCGUCUUUGUCCUGUCCAUGGAUGUGGUCGGCCCGCUAAAGACGAAGUUCGAUUCCGCUACGUUUUGA